GAGAUUUACAGAUUAGUAGUUGUCAAAAAUUCUAACCUUCAUCGUAAAUAGUUUUCCGCACCAGGGGCAGAAAUAUUUUGCGUCGUGAUCUGGGUGCACUUUGUGUUUAAUAGAGUGUACCAUUAUGGCUACAUUGAUCAAACAUUUUCAAAUUGGAACACGCUAUUACUCGGGUCUGAGCAGAAGUGUAAAGGCAAGAAAAUAUGUUCUCACAAAGUAUUUUGAUGGAGAACCAAAAAAAACUGAUUUCAAAAUUGUCGAAGAGGAACUGCCUGAACUGAAAAAUGGAGAAAUUCUAACGGAGGCUGAAUAUCUUAGUGUCGACCCAUAUAUGCGAGCAUACAUGAUUGGUUAUAAAUUACCGACAGAUAUGAUCGGAGGACAGGUGGCAAAGAUAAUAGAGAGCCGCAACGAAAAAUUUCCUGUUGGUAAAUAUGUUGCAGGUUCAUUUGGGUGGCGCACUCACACAGUAUGCAAUCCAAGUGAACAACCAAAACAAAUAUUCUUGCCCCUUACACUGUUACCAGAACUUGGUUCAUAUCCAGUGUCUCUAGGUCUUGGGAUAUUAGGCAUGCCGGGAAAUACUUCUUACUUUGGCUUGAAGGAAAUUUGUAAGCCAAAACCAGGUGAAACAAUUGUUAUCACUGGAGCUGCUGGUGCUGUAGGCUCUCAUGUUGGACAAAUAGGUAAAAUACUUGGGUGUAGAGUCGUAGGCUUUGCUGGUACUGAUGAUAAAUGCGAGUACUUAAUAAAGGAAUUAGGUUUCGAUCAUGCUUAUAACUACAGAACUUCCAAUAUUAAAGCUGCUUUAAAAGAGGCUGCACCUAAAAGAGUUGAUUGUUAUUUUGAUAACGUUGGUGGUGAAAUCAGUACCACAAUAAUGAAUCACAUGAAUCAUUACGGACGAAUAGCUGUUUGCGGAUCAAUAUCUUCAUACAACGAUUCCAUUUUACCUAAAGUGACUAUUUUGCAACCGGCCAUAGUUUUUAAAGAACUGAAAGUAGAGGGAUUUCUUGUCAACAGAUGGGUCAAUCGGUGGGAGGAAGGAAUAAAUGCUAAUUUAAAUUGGUUGCGCGAAGGGAAGCUUAAAUACCAGGAAAGAAUAUAUCAUGGAUUCGAUAAUAUGGUAGAAGCCCUGAAUGGUAUUCUUAGAGGUGAAAAUACGGGAAAAGCCAUUGUAAAAGUAAAAUAGUUAUAAAAUAGAGUAUUCUUAUGUACCUACUGGCUACUUUCAUACCUUUUUAUAUUAACUAAUAA